GGGAACAAACUUCAGAAGGAGGAGAGACACGGGGCCCAGGGCACCCUCGCGGGCGGACCCAGGCAGUGAGGGCCUGCAGCCGGCCGGCCAGGCGAUGCAAAUGUAAAGGAUAAGGCCUGGGGAGGGGGCCUGAGGAUGCAGGCAUUGAAUCUCAUCGCAUCUCAUACCCCUCUCCUGGGUUUGUGCAGGGCAGCGGCAGGCGCGGCCGGGAUCUGCGUGAGUAAGCCCCGAGCCCUCUGCGGGCUGCGAGUGACUCCCCGGCGAUGCCUCACAACUCCAUCAGAUCUGGUCAUGGCGGGCUGAACCAGCUGGGAGGGGCCUUUGUGAACGGCAGACCCCUGCCCGAAGUGGUCCGCCAGCGCAUUGUAGACCUGGCCCACCAGGGGGUGAGGCCCUGUGACAUCUCUCGCCAGCUCCGCGUCAGCCAUGGCUGCGUCAGCAAGAUCCUGGGCAGGUACUACGAGACUGGGAGCAUCCGGCCUGGAGUGAUAGGGGGCUCCAAGCCCAAGGUGGCCACCCCCAAGGUGGUGGAGAAGAUUGGGGACUACAAACGUCAGAACCCUACCAUGUUUGCCUGGGAGAUCCGAGACCGGCUCCUGGCUGAGGGCGUCUGUGACAAUGACACUGUGCCCAGUGUCAGCUCCAUUAACAGAAUCAUCCGGACCAAAGUGCAGCAACCAUUCAACCUCCCUAUGGAUAGCUGUGUGGCCACCAAGUCCCUGAGCCCCGGACACACGCUGAUCCCCAGCUCAGCUGUAACUCCCCCGGAGUCACCCCAGUCGGAUUCCCUGGGCUCCACCUACUCCAUCAAUGGGCUCCUGGGCAUCGCUCAGCCUGGCGGUGACAAGAGGAAAAUGGAUGACAGUGACCAGGAUAGCUGCCGGCUGAGCAUUGACUCACAGAGCAGCAGCAGUGGACCCCGAAAGCACCUUCGCACGGACGCCUUCAGCCAGCACCACCUCGAGCCGCUCGAGUGCCCAUUUGAGCGGCAGCACUACUCGGAGGCCUAUGCCUCCCCCAGCCACACCAAAGGCGAGCAGGGCCUCUACCCACUGCCCUUGCUCAACAGCACCCUGGACGACGGGAAGGCCACCCUGACCCCUUCCAACACGCCCUUGGGGCGCAACCUCUCGACUCACCAGACCUACCCCGUGGUGGCAGAUCCUCAUUCACCCUUCGCCAUAAAGCAGGAAACCCCCGAGGUGUCCAGUUCUAGCUCCACCCCUUCCUCUUUAUCUAGCUCCGCCUUUUUGGAUCUGCAGCAAGUCGGCUCCGGGGUCCCAGCCGGUGCCUCGGUCCCGCCCUUCAAUGCCUUUCCCCAUGCUGCCUCCGUGUACGGGCAGUUCACGGGCCAGGCCCUCCUCUCAGGGCGAGAGAUGGUGGGGCCCACGCUGCCCGGAUACCCACCCCACAUCCCCACAAGCGGACAGGGCAGCUAUGCCUCCUCUGCCAUCGCAGGCAUGGUGGCAGGAAGUGAAUACUCUGGCAAUGCCUAUGGCCACACCCCCUACUCCGCCUACAGCGAGGCCUGGCGCUUCCCCAACUCCAGCUUGCUGAGUUCCCCAUAUUAUUACAGCUCCACAUCGAGGCCAAGCGCGCCACCCACCACUGCCACGGCCUUUGACCAUCUGUAGUUGCCAUGGGGACAGUGGGAGCGACUGAGAAACAGGAGGACUCGGCCUGGGACAGGCCCCAGAGAGUCACACAAAGGAAUCUUUAUUUAUUACAUGAAAAAUAACCACAAAUCCAGCAUUGCGGCACACUCCCUGCAUGGUUAAUUUAAUGAACCAUGAAAGACAGGAUGACCUUGGAGAAGGCCAAACUGUCCUCCAAGACUCCUUAAUGAGGGGCAGGAGUCCCCGGGAAAGAGAACCAUGCCAUGCUGAAAAAGACACAUUGAAGAAGAAAUGUAGCCCCAGCCGGUGCCCACCAAAGGAGAGAAGAAGGAAUAGCCGAGGAACUUGAGGGGAUGGCAAAUGGCUCCUGCCUGGGCCCAAGGAGUGCACAGGGCACCUCCGUGGCUCCAUUAUUAACACAACUCUAGCAGUUAUGGACUGUAAGCACUUCCCUCCAGCCCACAAGUCACAGCCUGGAGUGGAGGCUCUCCUAACCCGCCACCCGGGGAGUCACCUCCCUCAGCCUCCCACCUGCUCCACACUGAGGCUCUGGCUGUCCUCCUUAUCCACUCCACUUGCUUGGCUCUUUCUACACCUCCCUCUUGGGCAUGGGCUGAGGGCUGGGGCGAGUCCCUCAGAAAUUCCACCAGGCUGUCAGCUGACCUCUUUUGCCUGCUGCUGUGAAUGUGCAGCCCCACCCCAGGUCCUCCAGCAGUGGGGCAUCCCCUUGGCAGCUACCAUUAGCCACACCAGCCCCAGGCAGCUUAAAACAGACAUUCCACAGGGCCUGGGCCGCUUCGAGGUGAGGUGUGGUGUGCAACUGCACCCAGAGCAGAGCAAGGCAGAAUCGCAGGGAACCCGCUCCCCAUCCCAACAGCUCCUACCAAGCCAAGAGGGCUUCCUGCAGCUCACGCCCACCAGCUACUGAAGAGACCCAAGGCACCGCCUGAAGCCAGCAAUAGAGGGUCCCUUUCUGCUCUGCUCUCCAGCAGCUCCUGCCCCCAAGGCCUGACUGUAUAUACUGUAAAUGAAACUUUGUUUGGGUCAAGCUUCCUUCUUUCCACCCUCAGACUUUGGCCUCUGAAAUGUCUCUCUGCCACGUGGGGCUUCUCUCCUUGAUGCUUCUUUCGUUUUUAAAGACAACCUGCCAUUGCCACAUGACUCAAUAAACCAUUGCUCUUCA